GUGCCUUGGUCCUCCUUUCCUUUUGAUGACCAAUUUACCCCUUUUUCCAAAGAGCACCGUCUGUCUGGCAAAAUCUACUAUUGUGUACCUCAGCAGUGCAGUGAGGGAUUCAACUCAUCUGGCCAGGGCCCCGGGUAGGCGUGUUUUGCACCCAGUAGAAGUUGAUUGUAUUAGUUUUGGAAUCGGACUGCCUCCCAGGCGUGAGCCAGGUGCCCUGUUCAAAGCCCACGGCAAAAUCGUCUUAAUUUAUGUAGGUUGGCCAACGGUCCUCUACAUUGUGCUCUGAUCGUCCAAUCAAAAGAAGCCGGAUGAAGGAUGUGCUUAACUCGGCGUUCUCAUUGGCCAAGAAGACAAGCCAAGGCUUUGGAUGAAUUCAUCAGCACUUGCACACGUGAUAUGUGCGCGCUGGUCCUGAUUAGCUGACAAACAGCUGAUGAACAUGGCAAGGACACAGUUUAAAGGACAGACGGGAGGAAGGCAUACUGAGUAGAAAUAACCACAAUGGAACAUGCAAACUAUUUUUAGGGCGCGACCGAUUAUUUAUUAUCGUCCAGUAGUCUGUGACCUUGGGAUUUUGACAGAUUUUGCUUAGAACCGGCGAUUUGGAAUUCUACACAUCUUUCAUAUACCGAAUUUCAUUUAGCUAAGGUCGAGCCCAUUUAGCAAUGGAUUUUAUAUUGAGCGGGGCAGCUGCCUGCGGAGCUUGCCUGUUCACUAACCCACUGGAGGUUGUCAAAACUCGAAUGCAAUUACAAGGAGAGCUCAAAAACCGGGGGACCUACCAGAUUUACUACCGCAACGUUUUCCACGCUUUUUACACUAUCGGCAAAGUAGAUGGACUAGCUGGUUUACAGAAAGGGUUGGUACCGGGACUUGUCUAUCAGUUUUUCAUGAAUGGAGUUCGGCUUGGUUCGUAUUCAAUCAUUGAGUCAUCUGGAUACAUCCACACGGACGGGAGGGUUAGUGCUGCUAAAACUACAGUAGCAGGGGCUGCCGCUGGAGUAGUGGGGGCAGUGAUGGGAAGUCCCAUCUACUUGGUGAAGACUCACAUUCAGAGUCAGGCCACUUCCUCUAUAGCUGUUGGACAUCAGUAUCAACAUCAGGGGAUGGUCCAUGCUCUGGCAGCGAUCCACAAGCAGCAUGGUAUCCUAGGACUGUGGAGGGGCUCCAGUGCAGCUGUACCUAGGGUCAGCGUGGGGUCAGCUGCUCAACUCUACUCCUUCGCUGCCUCCAAGGAGCUUGUCGUCGACCUACAGGUGUUCCCAGAGGGCAGCUGGCUGGUGGCUCUGUGCGCAGGGAUGAUCAGCAGUGUGGUGGUGGUGGCUGCCAUGACACCCUUUGACGUGGUCAGCACACGGCUCUACAACCAACCUGUGGAUCAUACAGGCAAGGGAGAGCUCUAUAAAGGUUUUGGGGACUGCUUCUCGAAGACACUGAAGAUGGAGGGUGUGACAGGGCUCUACAAAGGCCUGGGUGCAUCCUACUUCCGUCUGGGGCCACACACCAUCCUGUCUCUACUGUUCUGGGACGAACUGAGGAAGCUCUGGCAGCAGCACAGAUAGUAGCCGGCAGGCAGGACAAGCUCUACUCUGCCAGCAACACAGAUAGUAUCAGGAAAGGGAAUGGUCGCGUUCCAGGCCAUCUACAAAGCAGUUGCGCUGCAUAAAUUAACCAAUGAUUGCCACGUCAUCUACAUUGCAGUCGGGCAUUAGUAUGAUACUUUUUUUGUAUGGUUUUAUUUGUAUCUUUUUCUCAAACCAUAAUAACCAUACAUAAACAAAAUACAAACAGACACAAAUUUCAUCAAACAUAAAUGGCAUCACACCUGCUCAGGCCCACGUGUUCACACUGCAACCAUGCGCAUCACGUAUGUCUCAACCACACUCCCCCCCCAUCCUUCAUCCCCUGGAACAUUACAGUGCUUGUAGCAUUCUGCCAUAUUACCUCAAAUUGCACUGUUCUAUUUUUAUCUGUAGCCCACACCUUUUGAAUAUUUACAUAAUACAUUUGAGUCAUCCACUGUCAUAGUGAUGGAGGAUCAUUUGAUUUCCAGUUUUUGAGAAGUUUUCUCAAAAUCAUUGACGAGAAAAGUAUGGUCCACCCUGUUUGAGUAUCUCACCGCACCCUAAUAUGCCACGUCUUGAAAUAUGCAGAUAGACAGAUUAAAAGCAAAUUUACAUUGUAAAACCUCUGACAGCCAACUGUCUAACUCCGCCCAUAACUUUUGGACCUAGCACUCCCAGAAGGCAUGGAUUAUUAAGUCCAUGUUAGUUUUACACUUGAGACAUGACUCUACUGUUGUCAUGUAGAAUUUGUGAAAUUUGUCUCUUGUAUAACAAAUUCUAUACAAGAGUUUAUACUGGAUUAAGCGUACAUUUUCGUUAACUGUAAUUCCGUUAGUUAUGUUCCAACACUCCAUCUUGUGCCAGGCAUCAGAAUUCAAUGCGGUUACUGACAUCCAGGAGUUGGGAUGUGGUGCGUGACUGCAAUGUAGGUGGCCCUGAACAUGGACGCAGUCAGGUAUAAAGAUAAAGACUCAUUAAGCCACAGGUCAGUUCACAGGUUAAAUGAUCCCUCAUUUAAAGAGUUUGUAGCCUGAUCCCAGAUCUGUUUGUUCAGUCUUGCCAACUCCUAUGGCCACAGCGU